CCCCUCUUCCUUCUUCUUCAUCUUCCCCUCUAUCAUCAUCUCACUUUCUCUCUCUACUGUAAAUCAUGGCUGAGAUUGCAAAUGGAAACCAUGAAGUAUCAAUGAACGUGAAAGAUGUCGAAACUAAUAAUAAUUUCCCAUCUCCUGAUAGUUUUUUAUCAAUUCCUUUCCUUCAAAAGUUGAUUGCAGAGGCAGUGGGAACAUAUUUCUUGAUAUUCGCCGGAUGUGGGUCGGUCGUGGUUAACUCGGCGAGUGGAAAGGCGGUUACUUUCCCCGGUGUAGCAAUUGUAUGGGGACUUGCUGUUAUGGUUUUAGUUUACUCCGUCGGUCAUAUCUCCGGCGCCCAUUUCAAUCCCGCCGUCACUAUUGCUUUUGCCUCUUGCAAGAGAUUCCCAUGGAAACAGGUACCGGCGUACGUAUCAGCUCAGGUUUUGGGAUCAAUUCUGGCAUCAGGGACUCUCCGGUUGAUCUUUAGUGGUCAUCAAGAUCACUUCGCCGGAACACUUCCGACGGGGUCUAAUUUACAAACGUUUGUGUUGGAAUUCAUAAUUACGUUCUAUUUGAUGUUUGUUAUCUCCGGCGUCGCCACCGACAACCGAGCGAUCGGAGAACUUGCCGGCCUUGCUGUCGGAGCUACUGUCUUACUUAAUGUAAUGUUUGCUGGGCAAAUCUCAGGGGCAUCGAUGAAUCCUGCAAGGAGUUUGGGACCAGCAAUUGUGUCGAACAAUUACAAGAGUUUAUGGGUGUAUAUCGUGUCGACUAUUGUAGGGGCUAUAUCCGGAGCGUGGGUUUAUAACAUGAUUCGAUUUACGGACAAGCCACUUCGCGAAAUCACAAAGAGUGGAUCUUUUUUGAAGGGUGUGGGACGAAAUUCUUCGCAUUGAAAAUGAACUAGACGUAGUUGCCCAAUGAAUAAAUUUUCAUGUCUAGGAGCUAUCUAUAGAGAAAAGUAGUAUGAUGUAACUUGAAAGAUUGGAGAAGAAUGAAAGUUGAAUUUGAUGGGCUAA